AUGGAGACCUUUACAUUGCCCGAUGUUUUAAGAAAUUCUACUGACCUUUACAAAUUAUUGUGCGGACUUGGAAUCAAGAAUGACUCGGAUUGCGACACUGGAUUCGACCUGGCGCCGGAGCCUCAAGACAUGAACCAGACGGUGCGGAUCGUCCUCUACAGCCUGAUCUUCCUGCUGAGCGUUCUGGGAAACGCGCUGAUCAUCACGGUGCUGGUGAGGAAUGGCCGCAUGCGGACGGUCACUAACCUGUUCCUGCUGUCGCUGGCGGUCAGCGACCUCAUGCUCUGCCUCUUCUGCAUGCCCUUCACCCUCAUCCCCAACCUCAUGCGGGACUUCAUCUUCGGCAGCGGCAUCUGCAAGGGCGCCACCUACUUCAUGGGUGUCUCGGUGAGCGUGUCCACCUUCAACCUGGUGGCCAUCUCUCUGGAGCGGUACAGCGCCAUCUGCAAGCCGCUGAGCUCCCGGGCGUGGCAGACCAAGUCUCACGCCGCCAAGGUCAUCACGGCCACCUGGGCCGUGUCCUUCGUCCUGAUGCUGCCCUACCCCAUUUCCAGCACGCUGGUUCCCUUCACCCGCUACAACAACAGCACUGGCAACAUGUGCAGGCUGGUCUGGCCCAGUGACGUCAUCCAGCAGUCCUGGUACGUGUUCCUGCUGCUGCUGCUCUUCCUGGUGCCCGGGAUCGUCAUGAUGACGGCGUACGGCCUGAUAUCACUGGAGCUCUACAGGGGAAUCAAGUUUGAGAUGACCAACAGGAAAUCCAGCAGAGAGAGGCAGGCCAGCACCAGCAGCCUGAAGCCCUCCGACGGGGACGGCUGCUACCUGCAGCCGUCCAAGAGGAGGACAGUGGAGCUGCAGCAGCUGCAGACGCAGCCGGCGCUCGGGGUGAGCUCCAGCAGAAACGGCGGCUGGGCCAAGCUGACGCGCGUCUGCAGCAACAGCUCCGGUGCCAACCUGAUGGCCAAGAAGCGAGUGAUCCGCAUGCUGCUGGUCAUUGUCUUCCUCUUCUUCCUGUGCUGGACGCCCAUCUUCAGUGCCAAUGCUUGGCGGGCGUUCCACCGGCGCUCGGCCGACCGGCUGCUCUCUGGCGCCCCCAUCUCCUUCAUCCACCUGCUGUCUUACACCUCGGCCUGCGUCAACCCCAUCAUCUACUGCUUCAUGAACAAGCGCUUCCGGCAGGGCGUGCUGGCCACCUUCUCCUGCUGCGGCGGCCGCGCCCGCCACGCCCACCUCGGGAACGGCCGCCUCCGCCGGGGCCCCGCCCCCACCCGCGACGGCGCCGAGGACGACGGACACACCCACUCGGGCGGCACCCUCACCCGCUUCACCUACAGCAGCACCCGCGGCUCUGCCCAGGCGUAG